AUGCUUUUUCUGUGGCUCAUCGGCUGGCUUCCGUUAAUUGAGUCGGCCGCCAUAGUAGACACUUCGAUCGCAUGCGAUAAGGUGAGAUUCCCUUCCCGCGGCCUCCGUUCCCACGCUCUCCAGUAGCCUUGUGAUGCCUUCCUCUAGACACCUCAUGCCAUUUACCGAUUCCUUUUCUCAUUCAUAUCUAAUAAAUUGGUAGUAGGUUUCGUUGACAAUUGGCUUUAUGUACUCUUUGCGCAAUGCUUUUUUUUUGAACGAGGUCGCAGUAGUUUCUUCCGUCGGAUGAUCGGAUUUAGAAGCCAUCGAUGCGGAGAAUUAUUAAUACCAUAUAGUAAAACUAGAAAUUCACUAGGGUCAAAGUCAUAGCAACAGGAUUAAAACAGAUCUGAACAUAUUUUCCAGACUGACUUUCUUCUGAAGAUCAACUUCGAUGAAGUUUUUCGAGGAACUAUACAAAGUCGUUCAGGCGACCCAAAGUGUAUUUAUGCAAAUGGAACAAUUCAGCCGGAUACCAAGUAUCAGUUGAAGGUCGGUUAACGCAAAAAAGAGGCAAUAAUGGUUUGUGUGCUUAGAUUCCACUGAAAGGAUGCUCGACGAAGGAGAACGGAGAAGGGAAUCUCGAGAAUGAAAUAGAAGUUGUGAUGGCAAAUGAGUAAGGCACUGAAGGACUCUUCUCCUUUCCCUUUGAACUUUUCAGAUUCAGUGCAGAAACUGAUAAACGAUUUCUUCUGACGUGUAUUCCAGCUGCUCCAGUUCCCAAGUACGGUUUCUGAGUGUUUCCCCAUGACCUCCAUGCUUUCCAGAGAAUCGCAAGUGACAGUCUCCUUCGGAGGCAUCACCAUCAAUUCGGAAGCUACUACGGCCAGCUCUCUGCUCGACAACAAAGUGAGUUUCGGUUUUGAUUUCCGUUCCCAUUUGUUUCCCUCAGACUGUCGAUUAUCGGGUGCGUGUGCUGGACGGAGACAGUCUAAACGCAAAACAGUUGCAACGUCCGCUGGCAGUCGGAGACAAAGUGGUAAGCCACGGGAAGACGCGAAAAUCGAAAGUUCAGUGGAAGAGAUUUGCAGACGUAUACGGUGGAAAUGAAGGACGAUCAGAACGGAAGAAUCGGCAGGUGCUGGGCCAACGACGGCAUUUCGGAACUGCCGCUCUCCGACUCACAGGGAUGCUCUUUGCAGACUUCUGGAGAGGUAAUCUUUUUGAGACUUGUAGCAAUUCUGACUGUGAGAACGAAUUGUAUUUACUGUCUUUUAGGUGUGGGGUGACUUUGAAGUGACUCGAAAGGACGGCAAAACCGUCUUCUUCAACCACAUAAAGGCCUGGGCAUUCCCGACGAGGUAAGAGGCUUAGACCGUCCUACUUCAACUUACUCUCUUUGUUCUCAGCAACGAAGUGAACAUCUUCUGCAAUUUGCACGUGUGCGUCACCUGUUCGCAACCCUCUUGUCGUGGACGCGAACGACGCCAUCAGAUCCGUCCGUCCUCUUCGUUCUCCUCCUCUUCAGCCGUCGCCGAUCCCUUCUCGGCAUCCGUAGACGUCUCCGACAUCUCGCCUCCAAUCGCCGUUCGCACUUCUUUCCGUCUGAAACGGGAGAAUGUAGCCAGGAUGGAGACGCAGUCGGAUCCCUCCUCGUCUGCUUCCUCCUCCUCUUCUUCUUCUUCUUCUUCCGCUUCCACUCUGUUCUCUGCCAAUCACGUCUUCUUCGUGCCGCUUCUACUUCUUCUAAUCGCUGUUUCAGGUGUCGUCUAUUAA